CAAGUGAUGAGGAAUACCAUGACUUCUGAGAGCAUAGUUCUAGUACCAAGUCCACACACCAAUACUCCUCAAGAGAUUUUGUUAAAGGAGAAUGCAGAUAAUGGGGACAAUGUGAACCAUGUAAUAGGCGCCAACAGCAUUAGUGCUAUGGGUCCCGCCACAAAACAUAGCACCAGCCAUACGUUCACACCAGUGCCGAACGUCACCAUGCAUCAUGACUACACCGGGGCAAUAUCUAAUGCACAGAUGCUUUCCUGUCAGUCCAACUUGUGUUCUGUACCUGGAGUGUGCAGCAUCUGUCAGUCACUCCUCACCCAGUCACCGCAAACCAUCAUCCUGCCCUCUGAAGUCUCAGGAACUGCUUACCCAGCAAAUUCUGUGGAUCGCAUUAUACAUGGAUCAAUCAACCCUCAACUAAUUCAAGGUUGUAUUGUCACAAGUUCUGAGGGCAGGAAUUCUGGGGUCACCCAGUAUUAUAUCCUGGAGGAGCCAGAGAAUGUCCCAACUAGUUACCCCAUGACAGUCAGUCAAGACGAUGCUAACAAGGCUUCCACACCUCAAUCAGCUGGUGUCCCUGUGGUAGCCUCUGAUUUGGACGCAUUGGAGGGUAUGAUGGAAGUGGUAGUUGUUCAGCAGUACAAGUGUAAGAUGUGCCAAUACAAG